GCUCGAGGAGCUCAUCUUCUGCUCCCCUCCCUCGCUGAAGAGGCCCGUCUGCGCGUCCCAUGGCUGAACCGGAGGCCGAACCUUCAGCCUUACGGCGGCUAUUCGACGAAUACCUCUCCAGCUCCGCUCGCGUCUUCUGAGCCAACCGGCCAAUUGCCGUCACAUCCUCAGCCGCACUCUCGCAGCUCCGACCAGCAGCUGGGGUCACCGCAAGGAACCCGACCGGCCUGCAGGCCUUGUACGGAUUACAGUACUAUAGUACGCUAAGUCCUGUACGGAGGGGGCGUGGGCAUUGCCCCCCAUUCACGGCAGGCGAAGAGAGACUCCGGCAUACUUGAGAGUGUAUGCACCACUUCGGGGAAGAGAUUUCGGUCCUCCAGACAUCCGGAACCGCUUUCCAUCUGAAUUAGCUUCUCUUCCCUCCCGAGGCGUUGCUCUUUUCGGGACCACCACUUCACUCCCCGCUCACCACCCGCGCCCGACCCUCUCCUAACUCUUGGGGAGAACAUGGUAUAGUGCUCGAGAUGGACCACUGCCCUCCACGGCCGCAGCGGUUGCUGCGAUCGGCCACCUCAUCAUCCAGCGCCUUCAGCAGGAUAUCAACCGUGUCCGACUUCACCGAUUUCGACAGCUUGCGGGGGCACGCAACCUGCCCUCCGCCGCAACCUCCACCGCAUCCUCGGCAGCCUCUCUCCUCGCUCCAGACCUCCAACAUCGUCGGCUCCCGCUGGGGGGGAGAGCAAGGCUACGUCUAUGCCAGUCCGACCUCCGGCUGGGCCACCCUGACAACCUCUCCCCACGCCGUCGGAUACUCGCCAGUCGCUUCGACGGAUGCGGUGGCCCAGUCCAUCGAGCAUCACGGCCGGUGCUACCCUUACAACCACCAUGAAGCAAUUCCGGCGGCGGAGAAGGAGGAGGAGGAGGAGGAGCAGGAGAAGAAGAGGGACGGCGCCGGCCUCGGCCGCCUGGCCCGCUCGGCUGCCCCGAUGAACUGCGGAGAGGCGGACAAUGCAGCAAGCGCUCGCGUCUCGUCGGCCCCGGUCUUCGACCUGACAACUACCCUGGGUCCAACGACCAAGGCCGACGAGGCGUUCAUAAAGGCGUUGCAGGAGCAGGAGGCGCACGGGAAGCUGACCGGUGGUUUGGGGGCCGGCAUCAAGGCGGACAUGACCGUGACUGAGUCGGCGCUGCUGGCGGCGACCCCCUUGUCCGAGCGGCCGCUCAGUCAGACCUUCACCAGGUCCAGCAGACGCCUGAGCCGGGCCGAAACCGUGAAGCGGCUGGGCCAGAGCGAGGCGAACAAGCGAGGCGAGGUGAUCGAGGUUGUCAUGGAGGACGAUGACGACGUACCGCCGCACUCCAAGGUCGACAUCAGCCUGGUGGCCGGCGACGACGACACCGAGGACCGGGGCCCCGCCCCGUUCGUCCCGAGACAAACCACUUUCCCGACCAGGAAGCCGACGACGACCGUCUUUUAUCCGCAGCCGAACUGGAAGCCGUUCUCGCUGAGGGGGCCCUACCUGAUCUCGCUGAUCGUCCUAUCGCUCGCCCUCGGAGCUUGCGUCGAGAUCUUGUACCGGUCUUCGGCCCGCGACCCGCUCGUUUCGUUCAAGGGUCCUUCCGAGAUACCACCGGCGCAGUACUUUGCCAUCAAGUUCCUCCCCAUGAUCGUCGCCGUCUCGUAUGGCGUGCUCUGGCAGAUCACCAACUUCGACGUGAUGCGCCUGGAGCCCUUCUAUCAGAUGUCCAAGGAAGGGGGCGCCCUGGCGGCCGAGUCGAUCAACGUCGACUACCUCGGCCAGUUCAACCUCUUCCGGCCGCUGCGGGCCAUCCACUACCGCCACUGGGCCGUCGCCGUCUCGUCCGUCGCCAGCCUGCUGGCCAACACGCUGGUCCCGACCCUAGGCGCGGCCAGCAUCAUCCUGUCUCCCGAUCGCGACACCCGCCUCCUGUUUCCCAACCGGGAAAAGAACAUCCUCAUGCACCACGUCUGGUCGCGCCUGCUGGUCGUCACCUUCGUCAUCAUCGCCUCCCUCGGCGCCGUCCUCCUCUACCAACUGCAGACCCGCCGCUCCGGCCUGCUCGCAGACGUCAAGGGCAUCGCCGGGCUCGCCUCCAUGGCCACCGUCAGCCACAUCCUGAUGGACUUCAAGGACAUGGACGUCGCCACGCACCAGGACAUCCACCAGAAGCUCAAGAACCACCGCUACGUCCUCCGCAAUUCCUCCCUCGCCCCGGACGACUCGUCCAGCGACCAAGUCGAUAAUAAUGCUAACGCCAAGACCAAAGCCGCCGUCGGCGGUGACGACGACGACGACGACGACGACGAAACCGACCGGUACACGAACCAUCACCUCUCGCCAAACCCGCAACCACUCAUGCUCCGGGCCGCGGGCGCGCUCCCCUUCCUGUGCCUCAUCCUCCUCUUCACCGCCCUGCUUCCCGUCAUCCUCUUCACCCCGGCCACGACCCUGGCCGACCGGGCCCCCUGGCUGGUGACCGCCGUCGCCGUCCUCAUCAAGCUGUCGUGGGGCGCCCUCGAGACGGACGUGCGCGUCAUGGAGCCCUACUACAUCCUCUCGCGCCGCCACGCCCCGCCCAAGACGCUGUGCCUCGACUACACGGCCAUGCCGUUCGGCUGGGUCGCCGUCCAGGGCCUGCUGAACCGCCACUGGAUCGUCUUCGCCGUCGGCCUCGGCACCGUCGCCGCCGAGGUCCUGACCGUCCUCGUCACCAGCCUGGCGACGGUGGAAGGGAGGGUGUUCAUCGCCCUCCUGGACGAGAAGAAGACGGGAUCGGGCGGCGCGGGCGGGCUCGGCGGCGGAGAGGACGCGGGACUGACGACGAGGGCGGCGGCGGCGGCGGCAGUAGUGGCGGAAGCAGCAGCAUCAUCAUCAAGGAAGACGACUGCGGGGGAGAUCAUCAACGCCGGGGAGGAGACGGUGCCGAGCUUCUGGCUGUCGCUGGCGCUGGCGCUCGCCAUCCUGAUCUACAUGGCCGCCGUCGUCGCCGUCGUCUUCGCCCGGCGGGGGCGGGUGUUCCUGCCGCGGCAGCCCAACACCAUCGCCAGCGUGCUGGCCUACAUCCACCAGAGCAAGAUGCUGUACGGCUUCGUGGGCACGGCCAAGUUGAGCAACGCCGAGAUGCUCAAGCGGCUCGAGGACCUCGGCAAGACGUACGGCCUCGGCUGGUUCCACGGCCGCGACGGCCAGACCCACUGCGGCAUCGACGAGGAGGAGCUCCUGAGCGGGUACAAGGUCGGGUACGACUACUCGCGGGCGACCAAGCCGUGGGAGGAGGCCAUGAACUGGCUGUGACGUCGUAUUGCACGAGGAGGUAAUCUUCUUUCUUAUUUUUAUUCUUCCUUUUAUUCUUCGGGUUUGAUAUCUACCGCGUUAACAUG